AUGCUAUUCAAGCUGUCUUGUUUGGUCGCCGCUCUGGCAACUGUAUCGCUGGCAUCGCCCAUCACAGAAGUUGUCCGAGCAAUACCAGAACUUCCUCGACUGAUUAUCUACUUUCAGACAACUCAUAGCGCUAAUGGAAAGCCCAUCUCAAUGCUUCCACUUGUCAAUCAAAAGGGCAUUGCACUUACACACCUCAUCGUAUGUUCUCUGCACGUUAACGAGGGUGGCCAAAUCCACCUGAACGACUAUCCGCCUAGUAACGCAUUAUUCUACACGCUGUGGAACGAGACGCAAAUUAUGAAGAAUGCUGGGAUCAAAGUCAUGGGAAUGGUUGGCGGUGCCGCUCCCGGCUCAUUCUCAACUGGCACACUGGAUGGCAACCCAGCAACAUUUGAGAAGUAUUAUGGUCAACUGCGUGAUGUAAUUCGCCAGUAUAAGUUGCAGGGUCUCGAUAUCGACGUUGAACAGCCCAUGAGCCAAGCUGGCAUUCAGCGGCUCGUUGCCAGACUUCACACUGACUUCGGACCCGACUUUAUUAUCUCAUUAGCGCCAGUAGCCUCAGCACUUUCAGGGGGUCCCAAUCUCAGCGGCUUUGAUUACAAAGUUCUAGAUUCUGGCGAAGGCUCAAAGAUCAACUUCUACAAUGGCCAAUUCUACAGUGGCUUUGGCAGCAUGUCAAAUCCAUCUUUGUACAACAGAAUUGUGGCCGGAGGAUUCAAGGCAUCUCGUGUUGUCGCUGGGCAGCUUACUUCUCCCGACAACGGCUCCGGAUACAUACCAGAUAGCCAGCUUAAUGCAACGGUCAUAUCCCUGAGAAACCAGCACGGGCAAAUCGGCGGUGUCAUGGGCUGGGAGUACUUCAAUAGCGUCCCUGGAAAGACUUCUGAGCCUUGGAAGUGGGCACAAAUCAUGACUCAAAUUCUUCGACCUAACUCUGUGCCGAAGCUGCGUAUUUCGAAAUCUACUGCAGAACAACUUGCUACGGCGUUUGAUCAGAGUACAAAGGCUCACCCAUUAUCCAAUUCUCGAAUCCAGGACUCAGAAAACGUGGACUAUCACGCAAUGAUCAACAUUUAG